AUGGCCGCCAGGUCGCCCACCGAAAACGUCCGUCCGGGCGAUCUGCUCCUCGUCGUGCAUGAAUUCCAGGCUCGGAGCCCCGACGAGCUCACCCUGACUCGCGGCGACCGCGUCGAGCUGAUAGAACGCGACGACGACUUCGGUGAUGGGUGGUUCCUGGGAAAGAAUACAGAGACGGGCGACAGCGGCCUUUUCCCCGAGGUCUACACACGCCCUGCUCCGAAGCCAACCAUUACGGCCGCGCUGCAUCAGCGCGCCCCUUCGCAGCCUGUAGCGCAAUCCGCCCAGCAUGCCCUGCAACCUGUCGACGUGGAUGCCGCGCCUACGUCUGCCCCGCUACCUUUGACCGACCCCAACGAAGCCGCCCCUUACGAAUCGGCUCCUAGCACACAACCUCUUCAGAUCCCUCCCACCAAUUCUGCGACGCAGGCAGCCGCCGCCAAUAGAUCGUCAUUGUCUGUGCAGCCGAGGAGCAUUGGGCAGACAUUGAGUGGCGAGGUCCCGCGCGAGGAAGAGACCACCAUAUCAAGUCCGGUCAUGCACGAGACACUCAGCGUCAUCGAUGAGCACAUUACGGAUAUGAGCACCCCGCGUCAUAGUGCUGCUGGAAAGGAGCUGAGGCCCAUGCCCUCGAACGACUCUGGAAGCGAGUACAGCAGCCACCACAGACUGUCCUAUAUCAACGGCCAGGAAACUGAAGAGGAGGAGCAUAACUUGCACACAGAGCAGGAAGUUAUCAACUGGUCUCCGGCGCGCGUUGCAGAAUACCUGGAAGACGUGGGCGUGGAGAAGAAGCACUGUGACAUAUUCAAAGAGCAAGAAAUCAACGGUGAGGCACUCCUAGGAAUGGACCAGGCUACCAUCUUCCUGAAAGAGUUUGAAUUAGGCCCAGUCGGACCGCGGCUGAGAACGUGGGUGAAGAUCAAGGCACUGCAGCAAGAAGUGAAGAAUGCACAGGAUGCUGCAAAAGCCAUGGCGACAUUUGACGGCCCUGCAGACUCCGCGCUUGAUCCUGCUGCUCGAGCCCGUGCAACAUCGAUGAGUGCAGUACCUUUGCCCCGGAUACCCAGUCUGAGAGAUGGACAGUUUAUGAAGAGUAUGCACGGAAAACAGCCGCUCCCUAGAGCUCACUCGACUGCAGGCCACUCUAUGUUACCCCCAGUGGAGGCAACUUCGCCUCUAACACAAUUCACACCAUCAUCACCCACGCCUGGCACACCUACGCGCCCUUCUGCUGCUUCAGUCCGAAGCAUGAACCAUAAUCGGAGGCACUCGUCAAUCGACUCGACCAUGAACAUGCCCACACCUACCUCUGCGGGAGGCAUGAAACUGCCACCCGUUGCAUCGGCAUCCCACAAGAAGACCCCUUCAUUCGACCGGAGCUGGGUGAUGGGCUCCCCACAAUCUGACAGCAGAAGACCAUCCUCUUCACAUUACGGAGCCCCAACCAGUCCAGAUGAAAAUGGAUUCGGCCGUCGCGAAUCUGGCAUAAGCCAAAUGACAGCAAGUGAUCUAGACCGAGGAUAUUUCUCUGGGGGCGAGGUCGACAACCGCAAAGCACGCAACGUACUCCGUAAGAGGGAGAGCCCAAGCCACUCUCGCAACCCUAGCUUCAGGACCGAAGAUGGCCGUCGCGCUACAUACAACCGGCGGCACAGCAGGAUUGGCAGUGCGGAUUCCGCAACUGACGGAGCCAGCUCUGUGUCGGCGGCUGCCAAGGCUUACUUCGGUUCCAGCAUCAAGAGCCAUCGCAGCUCGAGCAACUUCGAUUUCGUGCGACCCCUGAAGCCCAUGAACGAUGGGCCUCCUACGGUGACCAAGCUACCAGAUUUCGAUUCCCCGAGCAUCGAUGCCAUCGCGAGCUCUCCUCGCAUACCUGGGAGUGAAGCGUCGUCGCAAGGACGUGCGUCGCCUUCUCCGGCAGCCCCUGUUCAUUCGCAUUCAUUCUUCUCGAAGAAAUCAAGAGGCAUGGGUCUGCGUGCUAUAUCCGACGCGGUCACAGGAUCAGAAAGAGCAAACGUCAGCUCUGGAGACAUCACUGCUUCUCCAAUCAAGGAAUCUCCCCUGCAAUCACCUACCCGAACAGGGUCAAGCACGCCCUCUGGAACAUCGAAUUCGUUGGAGAUUCCUGACCUGAACAAGCGAUCGACGGGCAUGUCAGUCAGUAGUAAAGAUGGCAGGAAGAAGGCUAAGAAGCACAGCACGAGCGCUUACCUUCGAGGCCGCCAACAAAUCACUCCUCAAGAAGCCAUGGAGGGCUGCGACUACAGUGGAUGGAUGAAGAAGAAGUCAUCAAGCUUGAUGACCACGUGGAAGACACGUUUAUUCGUACUUCGUGGUCGACGCCUUUCCUACUUCUACACGGAGAACGAUACGGAAGAGAAGGGAUUGAUUGAUAUCUCGUCACACCGGGUGCUUCCAGCCAACAACGAACGAAUUACCGGAUUCCACGCAACCAUUACUCGGGCGGCGUCGUCACCAUCGUCUCCGCACGGUGCCACCAUUCCAACCGCUGCUUCCGCUGCCAGCAAUGUCAUCGAAGAAGACAUGGCCGGUAUGUUCAUAUUCAAGCUUGUACCUCCACGUGCAGGUCUGCAGAGAGGUGUACAAUUCACCAAACCAAUCGUCCACUACUUUGCCGUCGACAGCAUCCAGGUUGGCCGCCUAUGGAUGGCUGCACUGAUGAAGGCUACUAUCGAUAGGGACGAUAGCCUCUCCAUCACGACCACCUACCAACAGAAGACGAUCUCGCUUGAGAAAGCUCGGGCUAUGCGUCAACGACCUCCUGCUCUCAUGGACGACGAUGACGCUGAGAAUGCAUCCCUCGACAUCGACAGCAAGCAGAGCACGAAGGAAAGCAUCCAGGAAAGUGUCAUACAUGAGGAAGACGAAAAGCAAGGUCUUGCUAUCUCAGGACUCGAUGACGCGAAAGCUCUCCUAGAUUACGCAGAAAACGGCGCUGAUCCGGAACCACAGCCCCCGCCAAUUGUCGAUUCACCACCCUCACCAGAGGCUGAACACAAGCCGAAAACGAGCUUCACGCCCGGUCUAAUCUCUAUUAGUUGA